AUGUGGAAUCCGCUAUGGGUCCUCGGGCCAUGGUUGCUACUGCUCCUUCUGCAGCUCGCCGACGGCAGCAUGGAGGCCGUGGUGCCCUCGCCGUCAGUGCCUAGCUUCGUGACCAACCCCUUGCUCAGGACAGGGUAUCACUUCCAGCCGCCCAAAAACUGGAUUAACGAUCCGAAUGGGCCACUAUACUACAAGGGAUGGUACCACUUGUUUUACCAGUACAACCCCAAAGGUGCCGAUUGGGUCAAUACACUUUGGGCUCACUCGGUUUCACGCGACCUCAUCAACUGGAACGUUCUUGGUUUAGCCCUCGAGCCAAGCAUCCGAUCUGACCAGUAUGGCGUUUGGUCUGGCUCCGCAACAAUCCUCCUUGAUGGCACACCAGUGUUGGUGUACACAGGGAUCGACCGGCCGGACACUCCCUACCAGGUGCAGAACGUUGCCAUCCCCAAGAACAAGUCCGACCCACUACUUAGGGAGUGGGUCAAACCAGACUACAAUCCGAUCAUAGUGCCGGAUUCGGGCAUGAAUGUGACACAAUUUCGUGACCCGAGCACGGCUUGGCACAUAGAUGGCCAAUGGGGCAUACUCGUAGGCGGAGAGAAGGGCUCCCAUGGUCAGGCAUAUGUGUAUCGAAGCACCGACUUCAAGCAUUGGGUUCGAGCCAAGCACCCACUUCACUCCGCAAUCAACGGUAUGUGGGAGUGCCUCGACUUCUUUCCGGUGCUCAUGCAAGGGAAGAAAGGUCUCGACACAUCCGAUCAUAGUGGCAGAGUCAAGUAUGUGCUCAAGAGUAGCCUCGAGAAGGCUCGGUAUGACUACUACACCAUCGGAACCUAUAAUAGUAGGACAGAGCGUUAUGUGCCUGACGAUCUAAAUGGUGACUACCACCGCCUCCGCUACGACUAUGGGAAAUUCUAUGCGUCCAAGACAUUCUUCGACCCCGCAAGGCAGAGACGGGUCCUUGUAGGAUGGGCCAAUGAGUCAGACACCGUUCCAGACGACAUCGCCAAGGGUUGGUCCGGCAUUCAUGCAAUCCCAAGGAAGAUAUGGCUUGACCCCGGUGGCAAGCAGCUCGUGCAGUGGCCCAUUGAGGAGGUCGAGCAGCUGAGGCGUAAGUCUGUUAGUGUGACAAACAAGGUCGUGAAGCCUAGGAAUCAUUUUGAGGUUAAAGGCCUGGAGACUUACCAGGCUGAUGUGGAGGUGAGUUUCGAGAUACCAAACCUGGAAAGGGCCGAGCCGUUCGAUCAUGCAUUCUCGAACGAUGCUCAGAAGCUGUGUAGAAUGAAGGGUGCGGAUAAUAAGGGCGGAGUAGGUCCCUUUGGUUUGUGGGUGCUAGCAUCUGCCAACUUGGAGGAGAAGACCGCGGUUUUCUUCAGGAUUUUCAGGGAUGGUCAUGGCAAGCCGGUGGUCCUGAUGUGCACUGACCCUACCAAGUCAUCUCUUGGUCAUGAUCUUGACAAGCCAACAUAUGCUGGGUUUGUCAACGCCGACGUUUCAUCAUCCGGCGAGAUCUCUUUGAGAAGCUUGAUUGAUCAUUCAGUCGUUGAGAGCUUUGGUGCCGGAGGCAGGACCUGCAUCAUAUCAAGGGUGUACCCAUCCAUCGCCGUAGGGCAAAACGCUCAUCUUUAUGUCUUCAACAAUGGAGAUGUGGAUGUCAAGGUGUCGCGCCUCAAGGCCUGGGAAAUGGAGAGUUCCAAGAUGAAUAAUACUAGUGCUUAA